AUGACUUCUGCAAACUAUCGCGACGAAUUCAAAUCUGUUAUUCAAAAAUUGAUUGAUUCUCCGGAUAAUGAGCAUGUUGCGCUCACAAACUUCAUCCGGAAUGAAUUUGUGAAGUCUGAAUCGUUGAUGGAUUCUGUGAAUCCAGCAACUGGAAAACCAUGGAUCAAGAUUCCAAAUGGUACUGCGACUGAGGUGGACUCAGCUGUUGCAGCCGCUAAGGAAGUAUUCAGAAGCUGGAAAAAUACCACUGUUCAGCAACGUUCAACUCUUCUGAACAAGGUCGCCAAUUUGAUUGAGGAAUUCAAUGAUGAAAUCGCUGUUCUCGAGAGUCGCGAUCAAGGAAAACCUAUCGGACUCGCCAAAGUCAUGGAUAUUCCCCGUUGUGUUCAAAACUUCCGUGAUUUUGCCAACGCUGCUUUGUAUACACUAUCAACUUCGAAGAUUCUAGAACAGCCAAGCGGAAAGUGCAUCAAUUAUGUGAAACAUGAUCCCGUCGGUGUUGCUGGACUCAUUAGUCCAUGGAAUCUUCCACUCUACUUGUUAUCCUUCAAACUGGCUCCAGCACUGGUCGCAGGAAAUACAGUAGUCUGCAAGCCUAGUGAAAUGACUAGUGUCACUGCUUGGGUACUAAUGCACGCAUUUAAAUUGGUUGGAUUCCCAGCAGGAGUUGUGAAUAUGGUAAUCGGAGAGGGACGGUCUGCUGGACAACGAUUGGUUGAUCAUCCUGAUGUUCACCUGAUCAGUUUUACUGGAAGCACUCUGAUCGGGAAGAAGAUUCAAGAGGAUAGUGCCAAAAUGAACAAGAAGGUUUCUUUGGAAAUGGGCGGGAAGAAUCCAGGAAUCGUUUAUGCAAACUAUCGCAAAUCGGAUAUUGCAGCGAUUGCGAGAUCAUCUUUCUUAAAUCAAGGAGAGAUCUGUCUUUGCACUAGCCGUCUUUUUGUUCAGAGACCGAUUCUGGAAGAUUUCCUGAAAAGUUAUGUGGCAGAAGCAGAGAAGUUUACUAUUGGUAAUCCAUCAACCCAAGUUCAAAUCGGAGCCAUGAAUUCUAAAGUUCAUUUCGAAAAAGUGAAGAAAUACAUUGAAAUCGCCAAAGCCGAAGGAGGCACUAUCCUCUGUGGAGGUGUGAAAACAGUUCUGCAUGGGUGUGAAGAUGGCUAUUUCAUUGCACCGACCGUUAUCACCGGUUUGCCAGACACUUCUCAAGUAAUGACUGAUGAAAUCUUUGGCCCUGUCGUGUGCAUCACCCCAUUCGACACAGCGGAAGAAGUGAUUGAGAGAGCGAACUCGACAAGUUACGGUUUGUCGGCGACCGUGUGGAGUGCGAACACCGAUGAGCUGCUUAACACUGCAAACGAGUUGAGAGCAGGAACUGUUUGGUGCAACACUUGGCUGGCUCGUGAGCUGAGCAUGCCAUUUGGUGGAUGCAAACAGUCGGGAACGGGAAGAGAAGGGCUUCACGACUCUCUUCAUUUCUACUCGGAUGCCAAAACUGUCUGCGUUAAUCUUGCUGCUAAAUACUGA